AUGUUUCCGACAGACCAGGCUAGCGUAAACCGAAAUGUGAAGGUAAAGUGGGAUCAUCAGGGCGUUUACCGUCGUUUUGAGGUGCCGCUGCAAAGUGGAUAUGUGACUUUAAUGAAGAAGGUUAAUGCUGUGGUACCUGAUUUUAACGACCAGCUCGUAUGGAAAGAUGAAGAAGGAGAUCCCAUCAUACUUGCAUCUGACGAGGACUUCAAUUAUGCAGCCUCUUUUCCAGAAAACCAGAAGCUUUUACGCCUUUCCACGCGGAGUAAGGCUCAAGUUUUAUGUUCUUUUUUCUUGCUUAUGUUAAGAAAAGAGGAGCAUCGUGGAGUCGAGUGUGAUGCAUGCGGUAAAGGUGUGAUUGGAAUCCGUUAUAAAUGUUCAAUAUGUCCAAAUUUUGAUUUGUGCGAAGUUUGUGAGAGGAAGGCUCUUCAUAGCGAACAUCCCAUGGUUCGUUAUGUGUCUCCACGAACCAGGCCACUGGGCAGGUUUCACCAUCCGCACCGCCGUUGUUCUGGAAACUCCAGAGGUCCAUUUAGCAGCGAUGUUUUUGACUCUUCUACUCCCUACCAGAAAUUUACUGCGACAGCAAGGGAAGCUGCAUUACAUGCAGCACAGGAUGCGAUUAAAACAAGUGCAGCAGCCGCCGAUGCUGCAAUCGCUGCCGCUGGGUGUAUUGCAGCCAAUUUAAACGCUGGAAGAAAAGUGACUCCUGAAACGACUUCUGAGGGGACAAAGCAGUCUGGCUAUAAUAAGACGGAUGAAAAAAAAGAGAUGGGGAAACCGACGCUUCAGGAAACUGUCGGGAGUGCGUUUCACAGUUUGAAAGAAAUUGGGGAACAAGUUCAACGAGCGCUUUCCGGUUUCGGAAUCGAAACAGAGGUAGUUACUACUCAUAACCUUGACACGCUCAGUAAAAAUGCGCCAACAAAUGAAGAGCUUGUUGUUACGCCAGUUCCUCCAGACUCUGUAAACAAAAAGGAAGCAGAGAAAAAGCGAGGGAAUGAUACCACUUCGGGAGAAAAAGAUGAAAAGGUGAAGUCGGUUACUGUCGAUUUGAAGAAAAUGGAUGUUUCGGAGACUGGUAAUGAAGAAGCUCCAUUAGUGGAUCUGGAGGAAGACGGGGAUGCGUCAAAUGCAAAUGCGAGUGCGGAAAAGCAAAGUAAUUCAAGUGAGACUGUUGCUAGUGGGGGGGAUCAAAUGGCUGUUUUAGUUCAGCCUGUUGCCGUUGAUUUUUCGACGGAUGAAGAUGGAGAUCUCGGGGAGUGGACUGUGCUGGCCGCUCAGAAUGGCUCAAAUGUGAACGCAAACGUUUACCCAAGUCUAAAAAACGAGUAUGAAGAGUGCCGAGCUGGAACUCCAUCUGUCAACUGCGUCACUUUUCCGCAUAAUCCACACUUCAUGUAUAUUCAUCCAGAUCCGAGAGUUGCGCACUGUGUGAAGCUUAUUGAAGACAUGGGUUUCGACAACUGCAAUGGCUGGAUAACGGAAUUAUCAGUAAAGUAUGGAGGCGAUGUCUCGCAAGUGAUUGAAGCUCUGCCUCAAGAUCCGGUUUAUGCUGAACGUAUGAAAAAAGGAUUCCAGAAGGAAUAG